GUGGAAGGCUGUUUGAUGGAGGGUGAUGCUUCUUUCACAGCAGCCGUGGCUGAGACAGAGGCUUUUACUGGCUAGCCUGGCGCUGGGGAGCCUACUCUUACUGGUGGCCCGAGUGGGCACUUUAGAUAGGCUGCAGUUGAUCUGCCCCAUUAAGGUCAGAAUGCCUCCUGCUGGUGUGUCAUGGGAGACUCCUUUACAUUCGUUGCAGCACAAACACACUCAUCGUUUCAAGCUGCACAGGACCAACAGCACAAGGGAGAAACCACACAGGCACCUCCUCAUUAAGCAGCUGCCCAGAGCCAUCAUCAUUGGCGUGAGGAAAGGUGGAACACGUGCGUUGCUGGAGAUGCUCAGUCUUCACCCUGAUGUUGUCAAGGCCUCCCAGGAGGUCCACUUUUUCGACAAUGACCAGAACUACGCUCGCGGCAUUAACUGGUACCGCGAAAAGAUGCCCUUCUCUUUUCCUCACCAAAUAACUAUUGAGAAGAGUCCUGCAUAUUUCAUCACCGAGGAGGUGCCUGAGAGGAUCUUUAAGAUGAAUUCCUCCAUUAAACUUCUGGUUAUUGUGCGUGAGCCCACCACCCGCGCUGUUUCCGACUACACACAGGUCCUGGAAGGGAAAGAGCGCAAGAAAAAAAUGUAUGCUAAGUUUGAGGAACUUGUGAUUGAUAACAACACUUCUGAGGUGAACACAAAGUACAAGGCGGUGCGGACAAGCAUCUACUCCAAGUACCUAGAACACUGGUUAAAGUUCUUCCCUGUGGAGCAGUUUCAUGUAGUUGAUGGAGACCGCCUCAUCAUAGACCCACUGCCAGAACUUAAGCUUGUUGAGCAUUUCUUAAACCUGCCCUCGUGCAUCAGCCAGUACAAUCUGUACUUUAAUGCCACACGUGGGUUCUUCUGUCUGCGAUAUAACUUCAUAUUUAACAAGUGCCUGGCGGGCAGUAAGGGACGGAUCCAUCCAGAUGUAGACCCAUCCAUCAAGGAAAAACUGCACCGCUUUUUCCACCCAUUUAACCAGAAGUUCUAUCAGAUCACUGGCAGGACUUUCAACUGGCCCAGAGGAAUCUGACUUUAAAGGGGAAAUGAAGCGGUGAAUCAAGUU